AUGGAUCAAACGAUAAACAAUGACGAGUCGCCAAACGUACUGGAGAAAGCUGUGAAACUCGACUGGCAGCUAUCUCGAUGCACAAAUGACAUUCGCAACUGCGAUCAAUGCUCCUCGGAUCUGCAUGUGAUUGUCGCCAUUGAAUCAAGACUGGAAAAGCUUAUCGACAUGCUAGAAGCCGCCUACCGCAACUAUGUCAGCGGAAAGGCGCCGCACCCAGACAAGGUCGACGAUGGGCAGAAUGGUUUCGUGCUAGGGCGCCUUAAGCUUAGCCCUCAAGAUACAGGUGUCUUGACUCGCAACUUGAUCAGUGAUGCCAUGCAUCGAAAGGUCUCCGUCAUUCGACAGUUGAGACAGCAGACGCAGAGAUGUGCAAUGCAGCAGGAGAUUAUGGGUUCCUCACAAUACGAUGCCAGACCACACAUCAUAUUCAGACAAAAUAUGGACGCCUGUAAUGAGCUAGACGCUAAAUUGCAGGCUUUGUUGGGAAGGGUAUAUUCAGUCAUUGCGCAAGCAAAAAUGAGCGCUGGCGGGCCCGGCGGAGUUGAUUUCAAUAUCCCGAGCACAACAGGUUGGCCGGCUACCUCACACAGGGCUUGA